CUCUCAUCCAUAGACACACAUUUAAAGGCUCUCAUCUAACCCUAAUUAUAGAGAGAGAAAGUCUCCAAUCCUCAUCGGUGGAACCAUGGACGAAGAAGGCGAGACCAUCUUAUUUUAUUCCAUGAAUGAGACAUUCGUUUGCUGGAACAUUGAUGAUUGCCCAGUCCCUGUGGAUACCGAUCUUGGUUCUAUUGUUGAUAAUUUCGAACAUGCUCUUCACCAAAUGGGCUUUGAGGGGAGAAUGAGCAUCAAUGUGGAUUGUAAGAAACUCAACUCCAACGAAGAAGCCUUGUUUAAGGCCGGAAGAAUUUUCUACUUACCCUAUGGCGAAACAAUGUACAGCAAUUAUGGUACUAGGCCUACUCUGGAUAUGACUUUUUAUAUGCUCUCUGUAUUACAAGAGACUGCACCAAUACUUGCAAAUUUAGCCGUAGUCGUCAAACCAAAUAUUGAUCCAGGUGGUGAGUUACAUAGGGUUCUGCACUGUUUGAAAUCGAGGGGUCACAAUGUUCUCCUAGUAGAGCUGCCACCUGAUGAAAAGUGUCUUUUUAGUGUUGACUCUCUACUUAAGAAUUCACGAUUUUUGGGUGGAGGAAAGCCUAGAGCCAAAAAAGAGUUAACUCCUGAAGAGAUGCGGCCUCUGUAUGACUCGGAGGAGGAGGAGGAGGAGGAUGGUAGUUAUGAUGUUAGCGAUCUCUCCAACCAGAAAAUGUUAGAUUUCUCAGAGCGUAUCAAACACGUCAAAGGGCCUAGGACAGUCGUCUUCUGGGACGCCAUUGAUUGCCCAUUCCCUCUUUGUUUCUCUCCUGAACAGAUCUUCCAGAAAAUCAAAUCAGUUCUUAUGAAAAAAGGUACGAAUGAUAAUAUUACAAUCUGGGCUUAUGUCGAUGAACGGUCUUGGAGGGAUAAGUGUCUGGGUAACAAGACUUGGGAUUCAAGAAUCUACUUUCUUCCCGCAGGGGAUAGACGUGUCAGAAUGUUAAACGACAUGUAUCUACAGUGUAGAGACGCUCCUCUGCACCAUUGUCCAGGACUUUUGAUCCUAGUCUCGAAUCAUUUCUCAGGUGACCCCUUCUACAUGGACUUGUUUCAGGACAUGGAGCACCAAAAUUACCAUCCUUUCUUGAUAAUUCCGAGGGAGCACAGCAACAUAUCAGAAAGCCCUGAUGAAUGGCCACAGUCUCUAUUUAAUAGACCUCGCAAAAGCUCACAAGGGCCUCUUCCCAAAAAGCCUAAACUGGAUGCUGCCUAAAGUAGCACAUGCCCAGGGCUGAUGAUACUCUGGUUAUUAUGAUGUUGGACGACCUUGCUUAUGUUCCGAUCUUGCUUGCUUCACAAGACUUUAUUGAUAGUUAAAGUUUAAAAAGCCAAUGACUAGUUCCGUUUAUAUGGAAGAAUGAGUUUUGUGAAGGCUAUAUACCAUGUCUCCUUACCACUUGACAAUCAACUGUGCUAAUAAUAUGGGUUCUAAAGUGUACAGUUCCAAUGAA